AUGGUACAGAAAGACAAGCAUGUGUCCGGUGAGGUCAUCAUGUCAGAGGUCCAACAGACACGUGUGGUGCUGCUGCGGCCCCGGCUGCUGAUGAACGUCAACGGGGUGUCGGUGGCCAGAGCAGCUGAAAAAUAUGGCGUCCGGCCCGAAGACAUUCUGCUGGUCCAUGAUGACCUGGACAAGCCUCUGGGCAAAAUUGCCAUCAAACACGGAGGAAGUGCCAGAGGACACAAUGGCGUCCGCUCCUGUGUGGACUGUCUGCAGACUGAUGUGAUGCCCAGACUUCGGGUCGGGAUUGGCCGACCGGUAGAGAAAUCAUCCGUGGAGCAAUACAUUCUGGGCCGGUUCUCCUCACAGGAGCAGAAGGUCCUGGAUUCGGUUCUCGUUAAGAGCGUGGACCUCCUCCUCUCCCAGCUAGACGCCCAACAGGACUCCGGGUGCCCCUCCUCACCAGCAGGGGGUAGACUAACGGCACAGAAGAGGAGAGAGACAGAGCUCUCAGCCUCUGCGGCUAAUCAGAACACCGCCUCAGGAACAGGUUCACCACAGCAGUGAGCCAGAGAUAAGACGCUGGGUGUGGUCCCUCGAGUCUCCCCUUGUGGUGAAUGACUGGUUUGGACGUUAGCUAAUUAAAGAUCCAGUCAUUUCUUCAUAAAUUUUCAUAACCAGUUGGAAAUCUGACCAGCAGCCGAAAACCACAGUGAACUCAUUGUGUUUGCACUUGUAUUUGUUCGAUUGUUGAUUCUGGCGACUCCAAAAUCCAGACGACAGGUUUCAAUAAAAUUUGGUGGAAAGUUUGUCCUGGGGCAAAGGAA